AUGUCUAUGAUUCAUAUGCAAUCUGAUGAAAGAUUGUCGAAAAUAGAAACAGCAAAAAAAUGCAAACAAAUUUAUUCGGAAAAUUACGGAAGAAAUCAAUUUUCUACAGUAACUCAAAUGUUAAACUAUACAAUGCAGUGCACAUCACAGGAGUUUACUCUACUUACAUUUCUAUUCUCUAUGGACUAA